CAGAAGCCAACAAAACAAUCGUAGCGCACGUUAUGUUUGUGAAUGGCAGGUUUGUCAGCAGGCAGCAGGAACAGUUGCUUCGUGAAGAAAUCGUACGAGUGUGUUCCAAGACACCAGUGCUCUGACAUUCUGAGUAUUCGUGCUCGAAUCUCACACCAGCAAAUAACUUGUAGAAACGUUUAAAAGCCCGUAACAAACUCAACCAUGGAUACGGCUUCACAAACGUCAACGAGUGCUGCCAGCAACGCAGACAUGGAGACACCAUUACAGGGUGUUUCAUCUGCCUCAGAAGCCCAGUUUGCCGAGCAGGAAUUUCUUCAGGGGGAAGAUGUUCAGAUGCAAGAUAAACCCAGCCCAGCUCCCGGUCCUUCUUCCUCGUCAUCUACCUUCACCGUGGACACGUCGAGGAUACUUGCCAUUCCCGAAGAGGAGCAAGCAGAGGAGCUGCGGGGGCUGGGCAUCUCGGUGUACAACCAGAUGGACCUGGAGAGGGGAAUCUUGGAUCAAAUGGAUCAGGCUGUUGCAGAAGGGGAGAGGCAGAAAUGGGAGAAGGAACUUGCAGGCGUGAGGAAGGAAAUUGAGAAAGUCAAGCAGCGACUCAGUUGUCUAGAAAAAACACUUCAAGCGGGUACGAGGGCUCAAAUAGCGUCACGAAUUGCAGUGGCCAGUUUUGAUCCAGUGCGCAAGCAACAAGAAGAUACGGUCGCAGCCCUGAACAAGCUAGAAGCGAAGGAACGUCUACUCCUCACAAGGCUGGGCCUCGUGCCUUUGGAAGGGGAGGCAUCGGAUGUGGAGUCUGAUGGCGACACAUUGGAUGAUGACACUAUGUUAGACCUCGAGCGCAUGUUCGGCCACGUUGAGACUGAAGAGGAACGUCUUAUCCGCACCGGGCAAAUGACACCCUUCGGCACAUUCACCAAACAAAAAGAGCCGAGUAAACAAAGUGACCAAAUGCAGGCAAAGCCAACUCCUGUAGGAAAGCCUGAAGGACAUUUGGGAACGUCAAACAGCAAAGAGCUUGUGGAGCAAGAAAUACCAGGCCUCAGGAAACGGAAGAGGAGAAAAAAGGAGCAACUUGGGACAACAACUUCGAAUUAUUUUAGCAGAGUUUCAAAUAAGAGGUCAGCAGCGAAAAGGAGCUUGAUAGACGAGCAGUUUUGGCAGGAUCCUGAGCUGAGUGAUCACGAAGACGUCGGUACGUCAGAGGACGAGUAUCGUCCUGACCCUGAAGAGUUACUGGACAGCGAAGAGGAUUCUGUGGCUAUGUUUCAAGGGGAGGAGGAGGAGGCGAUUGAGAUGACUAAACGCAAAAAGGCCAAGAAAAGAAAAGAAGGGGACAUUGAAAAUCGUCAACAGAAGACAGCGAAGAAGUUGGCUGACGACGGUGACUACAAGGCAUAUCUUAAGAGAAUAAAGGCAUACAGACACCAUAGGUUGCGUGAGAAGCACAAAAAGAUAAUGGAGAGUACUGACACCUGCAUCAUUGAUGAGAGCGAUGAGAGCUCGGUCGAGGUAGACGAUGACUUCCGUGUUCCAUCUAGCAUCUGGAAUAAGUUGUACAGGUACCAACAGACAGGAGUGAGAUGGUUGUGGGAACUGCACCAGCAGAACUGCGGUGGAAUAGUUGGUGACGAGAUGGGGCUUGGCAAAACCAUUCAAGUUAUUGCUUUCCUUGCUGGACUACGACAGAGCCGCCUGAAGACAGUUGGAGAUACUUACGAAGGCAUGGGUCCUGUGGUGUUGGUGUGCCCGACUACUGUAAUGCAUCAGUGGGUGAGGGAGUUCCACCUUUGGUAUCCCCCCAUACGCGUGGCCAUCCUUCAUCUCUCCGGAUCCUUCACCGGCAAAAAGGAAGCUCUGGUGCAUCAGCUCAACAAAGACAAUGGCGUCCUGAUAACUUCUUACGCUGGUGUCUCCAACUGUGCGCCUCUGCUGUUGAGCCAUAACUGGCAUUACAUAGUGCUGGACGAGGGCCACAAGAUUCGUAACCCCGAUGCUCAAACUACUCUGGCGUGCAAGCAGUUCCGUACGACACACCGGAUCAUUCUUUCGGGUUCACCAAUACAAAAUAAUCUUCGAGAGCUGUGGUCACUCUUUGACUUUGUGUAUCCUGGCAAACUGGGCACUCUGCCAGUAUUUAUGCAGCAGUUUGCGGUACCCAUAACUCAAGGGGGUUACUCCAAUGCCACAGAUGUUCAGGUGAAAACAGCUUACAAGUGUGCAUCCGUUUUGAGAGACACAAUAAAGCCUUACUUGCUGAGGAGGAUGAAAGAGGAUGUCAAGGGUCAUUUGCAGCUCCCAGGGAAAAAUGAGCAGGUCUUAUUCUGCAGCAUAACCGAACACCAGAGGCAGCUCUACAAGGAUUAUCUGGCGUCUCCCGAGAUAGCUCACAUCAUCGAUGGCAGAUUACAGAUCUUUGUCGGACUGAUCAACCUCCGCAAAAUCUGCAAUCAUCCUGAUCUUUAUGACGGGGGACCCAAAGUGUUUGCAAACACAGAUGUAAGCUCUCUUCCCGAAGAGUCAAAGUUUGGGCACCCCUCACGCUCAGGCAAGAUGGCUGUCAUCCAAUCACUGCUCAAGCUGUGGAAAAGUCAAGGACAUCGUGUGUUGCUCUUCACCCAGAGCAGACAGAUGUUGGUGAUCUUGGAAAAGUUCAUACAGCAGGAAGGCUACACAUACCUGACCAUGACGGGUUCCACACCAAUUGGCUCUCGCCAGCCGGCCAUUAAUAAGUUCAACUCAGAUACAUCUAUCUUUGUGUUCCUGUUGACAACACGCGUUGGUGGGCUUGGAGUCAACCUGACUGGUGCCAAUCGUGUUGUUAUCUACGACCCCGACUGGAACCCUAGCACAGAUACGCAGGCUCGAGAACGUGCUUGGCGAAUAGGCCAGAUGCGGGAUGUCACUGUGUACCGGUUGCUCACAGCCGGCACGAUAGAGGAGAAGAUUUACCAUAGGCAAAUCUUCAAACAGUUCUUGACAAAUCGUGUCCUCAAAGACCCGAAACAGCGACGCUUUUUUAAAACGAAUGAUCUCCACGAACUGUUUUCGCUGGUAGACGAGAAAAUGGAAAAACGAACAGAGACCAGCUCCAUCUUCGCAGGCACUGGUUCAGACAUCCGGCCGAUUUCUAAGCCUAAGUCAAAGAACAAGCCCAACUUCAAUCAUCGUUCGAAGCACAAACCGUGCCUAAAACUACACAGCGACACUAAGUUAAGGUUGUCUAGUGUCCCAGUGCCACACGAGACAAGACAAGAGAAGCAAGACUCGGACCAAGUUAAUGCAGGCGUCCAGCUCCCUAUAGGGCCUUCGACUCCGGAUGAGCUGUCACCCCCCGAUCGGGAGUCAUCUGCAGUUCGUCAGCAAACUUCUUCAGAGGACAGGUUGGAGGGUCAGGAUAACGAAAUGCCCGUAGAAGUUGUGAAAGCAAACGAAGAUGACGGUCCCAAAGUAGAAAUGAAUGAAAGCCAUGUGGAGACCAAGGCGUCCCUUCUCAGUCCAGAGAAGAUAAACCAAAUGCGAGAGCUUGCAAAGAGGCUCAGUCAGAGGAUAGCGCAAGGCGGCACCGGGGCAAGCCGGAUGGAGAAACCGACAAAGCCCAAAGAUGAAGAGAAGAAAAGGGAAAGGUGGAAAAAGAAAAAGAAGAAGAAUGUGGUGGACGGCGCUGAGAUCAAGUGUGUAGUAAAGCAGGUAGCCUACCAGCCAGCAGUAAGUGAAGAGCAGCAAAAGGAACUCGAUGACAGACAGAAUGACUACGUUCUUCAGAAACUCUUCAAGAAAUCAGGAGUACACUCUGCCAUGCGGCAUGAUACCAUCAUGGAAUCUGCCGAUCCUGACUACAUUCUGGUGGAAGGAGAGGCAGAACGUGUGGCCAAGGAAGCCAUCCGGAAGAUGAAAGAGUCCAGGCGACGGUGUCUUGGUGCUACCUCUGGUAUUCCCACGUGGACAGGGUCACAUGGUGCCUCGGGGGCUCCACCUGGGACAAAAUUGCGCUUUGGCCAGAAGAAGGCUCCAGCUGCACAAACAAAACCACCGGCACACACAACCACCUCUUCAUCGGGACGCUCCAAAGCGUCCACAUGCCCAGGAGCCUUUACCCAGGAAGUCCGCGAUAAACAAAGUGGUGCGCCAUCGUCCUCCGAUCUACUGGCACGCAUCAGGUCACGUAACCCAGAGACACAAGAAGACGAACAGGCCACCCUCCCCAGCACCUCGGCGCGGCAGGGACCAAAUUCCGAACAAGACGAGCUGCUGGAAGACCUGCGCAACUUCGUCGCGUUCGGGUCUGCUACGGAUGGCGAGGCAACCACGAGGGAAGUGCUGGAUGCGUUUACGGAGAGGGUUAGGACAGCGGGCGGGGCUCCGGUGUUCAAGGCACUGCUCGGACAGGUGUGCGACUUCUUUCGUCGGACAGACGGGGAAGGGGUGUGGAGACUCAAGGCUGAGUUUAGAUAGUAGAAGCUGAGAAAAUGUACUGUCUAUAGGAAACAAGAUGUUGGUAACUUGUACACUUGAAUAUGUACAUAUGCAAGUUUUCAAGGAGUCCCUCCUUGGAAGUGGUUUCCGGUGCUUUUUGGGAAAUGAUUCAUUUCCCUUCCCAUCCUCAGUAGGCAUUUCCCAGUUUGUGCGGCUGACACUCAAGAAGUUUCAUGCUACACUUUGGUACUGCACUUUGGUGUAGUGCUUUAUUUAUUUUUAAUUACUAAAUUACGAAUUAAUAAAUUAAACGGAAAAUGAAGAGUCGUCGCUUUACACGAGCUGACGCGAGACCACUACAACUGGCCCAAUGACUUGCAAAAGAUACUUCAACAUUUGGUGGCUGGUGAAAGAUGGCUUGCAGUAAAUUGUACCAUUGUUCUAUUGUUUUCACAAAAAAAUAAAAUCAAAGGAAUUAGUGUAUGCCAUGUAACGAA